CCAGUAAACUUCCCUAUUUAAAGAGUGGCCGAUCUCAGAAUAUCAUUCAGUUUUAAUCGAGAUGAGAGCUAUAACUUGCAUAUUAUUUUUUUUGGUCAGUUCGGCACGAAGUCGUUAUCUAGGAGACAGUGUCAAUUGUGUUAUAGAUGAGGAGAACAAAAACAAUACCGUGGAAACAACCUAUGGAAAAAUAAGGGGCAGUUUCGAAACCACCGAUACUGAAGGAAAAGGUUUCUAUGCUUUCCAGUCCAUACCCUUUGCUAAACCACCCGUCGGAGAAUUGAGAUUUAAAAAUCCAGAAUAUCCAAAUAAAUGGAGUGGAAUCCUUGAUGGCACCAAACCUCCAAAGUCCUGUCUGCAGCCAUUUGAACAGAAGAAUUCGAAGUCUGAAGAUUGUCUUUAUCUCAACGUGUUCACCCCUUGUCUCAACCCUUCGGUUCCUUUACCUGUUAUCUUUUGGAUACAUGGUGGCUACUUCUUAGUAGGAAAUGGAAAGAUGAUUCUAGGUGAACCUGAUCUAUUUAUAGAUAAAGACGUCAUAUUUGUUUCUAUGAACUACAGGCUUGGAGUUUUUGGAUACUUGAGCAGAAAUGAUAAUGUGUUGCCUGGAAACUAUGCAUUGAAAGAUCAGAUGAUGGCUUUGAAAUGGGCUCAAUCUAAUAUUGCCAAGUUUGGUGGUGAUCCCAAAAAAAUAACAAUCAUGGGUCAAAGCGCAGGUGCUGCAAAUGUGGCACUUCUGAUGCAAACUCCUUCAUCUAGAGAUUUAUUCAGUGCAGCUAUUAUGGAUAGUGGUAACAGUUUGAACCUAUGGUCUAGAACUAAAGAUCCAGCUGCUGUUGCUGAUCUCGUUGCUAACUAUUUCAACAUUCAAUACAAUACAUCUGACGAACUUAUAGCAUCCUUACAAAAAAUAGAUGCCGAGGACUUGCUUUUUGGUGCUAACAACGUUGAUCUCAUAAACACAGCGUUGUCAAAUCCAUUGGAUGGACUCCUGUUUGCACCCUCUAUUGAACCUGUCUUGGAAGGUGCAGUCACAGGACUGAGUCACAAGAAAUUGAAAGAAGGAAACUUCAAUAGAGUGCCUGUACUGACAGGUGUCAAUUCAGCUGAGGGCAGCAUGUUCGUGGAUGUUUUCGAUACUCUAAGGAUUAUUCUAGAAGUUUAUGAUUUGGAACCAAGUAGGCUAGCUCCAAUUGACUUGAAUACGAAUACGACUCUUCUACACGAAAUUGGAAAAAUGAUUCAGAGCAGCUAUUUCCAAAAUAAAUCAAUUUCUUCCUCAAAUGUAAAUUUUGUCAAGUUCAUCACUGAUCAUGAGUUUAUAAGACCUGCAAUUGAGUUCGUGAGACUCAUAUCGAAAUACGUUCCCACCUACUUCUACAGAUUCGAUUACGUUGGACAAAUAACACCAGAUGGAUCUGAAAGGGAAGUUAAAGGAGCUUGUCAUGGAGAUGAACUGAUUUACUUAUUCUACCAUUCUGAUGAAAUUUCACCAAGUGAAAGUGACCUUGUUACUAGAGAACGAUUAGUCAGGAUGUGGACCAAUUUCGCGAAGUAUCACAAUCCAACUCCAACUGUUGAUCCAGUACUACAAAACUUAACUUGGCAACCAGCGCAACCAACCAGUAUCAACUAUCUAAAUAUUGACAAGGACCUCAAAAAUUUGAAAGAUCCAAACUGGAACUAUACCGAAUUUUGGAGCUCCAUUUACAAAAAUUAUGGCAUUCCACCAUUCGAUACGUAUUGAACUCAUCUAAGUACCUAGUUUAUACUGUAUAACUCACUUAAUCUAAUAUCAUGUAUUGUAUUUCCCUUAAUUUAUUUCCUUGUAGGAAAAUAACAAGUAUUCCAGUAUAUGAAAUUCAUAUUUUAUAAUAUAUUUUUUAAAUAAAUUUUUAUAUUGUUA